AUGGCCGACUCCAGCUGGCUCCAGUGGGCGCAUCUCCUGGCUACCACCGCCACCGGCAUGUCCAUCGUUAUGAUUGCGCAAACGGCCAACUCGUACUGGACGGCGUACAAGGUUGCGCCGCAAGAGGUGGCCAGCCUCAUCCACGCCCUCGAAUUCUCCCUCGAGGAGAGCGAGUGUUACGAUCGGGACGUCUCCAGGGUGCAGCGACUCGAGGACAAGAUUCGGCUCAACCGUAUGCUGAGGGAGAUCCGGAGGGUUGGCGAUGAUAUGCGCGAUGAGCUGGGCCGCCUGGUGCUCGAGGAGGGCUCGACGACGCUGCGGACCAGCUCGAGGCUCAUGUGGGCGUCGAAGCGGGCGCAGCUGGAGGAGAGGAUGAAGCGCCUGGACGCCUUGCGCAUGCGCUUCGUGAUGGUCUAUCUCGGCAUCAUAACCACCGUCGCGGAGAAGCAACCUCCUCCGCCGCCUCCUCCGCCGCCGCCGCCAAUGCCCAGACAGCAGCCGGACAAGACCGCUUACACGACUCCCACCAAGCCGUCGGCCAAGAAGUCGUUUGACGAGUUCCCUCGGCAGACGCCUGCGCGGAGACUCACCACGCAGGCCAUCGGCCACAACGAGCACGUUGAGACACCCCAGCGCAGUGGCUGGGCUGGCGUCGUUCAGGAGUUGCAGGCUUCUCCACGGAUGCGAGAACGGCAUGCCUCCAUCGAGAAGCUCAUGGAGACUCCGUCCCCCUGA